AUGACUGUUAACGCACUCCCGGCUAUCACUUCCUCGCGAAUCGAACUCGAGCCACGAAAGGGCGCUACUCCCGCCAUAGUCACCUCGAUCAAGCGAGCGUCAUACCCUACGCGCAGCCUCCAAUUCCUCCGAAAUUUGGAAGGAAAGUCCCCAGGAGCCUACUCAAAUGUCGAAAGCAUAUGCAAAGAUCGAAAAUUACAGCUCCAAGUGACGGUUGUCGGAGCCGGCAUUGGCGGGCUCGCCACUUCGAUUGCUCUUGCUCGGGAGGGCCACGCGGUCACAGUUUUGGAGCAAGCGUCAGCCCUUGCUGAGGUUUCUAAGGCUUGUUCCCAGGUUGGCGCGGGUAUUCAGAUCCCUCCCAACUCCUCCAGACUACUCCUGAAAUGGGGGCUAGGCCCGUUAUUCGAGGGCAAGGCCGUUGAGCCACGAGGAAUAACUUUCCGUAGAUGGGAAACCGGAAACGCUAUUGGGUACACCAAGCUCAUACCAGACUUCCGACGCUCCUUUGAGGCACCGUACUAUGUGAUCCAUCGGGCCCAUCUACACGAAGCCUUGCACGAAACCGCCGUUAAGCUCGGAGUCACGGUAAAGCUAAACAGUAGAGUCACCGAGUAUGAUCAGAUGGCACCUUCUGUCAAGAUGCAAGACGGGACGAUCUUGAAUUCGGACUUGAUCGUCGCAGCCGAUGGGGUCAAGUCAGCUGCCCGCAAGCUCAUCCUGGGCAGAGAUAAUAAGGACCCCAUCCGGACCGGGUUUGCAGUAUAUCGGUCGACAAUAGACGUGCAAAAGAUGAGGGACGACCCCCAAACAGCCACACUUCUACACGAGCCGGCCCUCAACGUUUGGAUCGGACCGCAGCGACAUGUCAUGUCAUACACAAUUGCCGCAGGGAAGUCGUUCAACCUGGUUCUCUCUCAUGUAGAUGACACCGACCCCGCCACCUGGCGCCCGGAAGAGGCAUUGGACAAUAUGAGAGCCCAAUUCGAGGGUUGGGACCCGGUACUCACAAAGAUCAUUGCAAUGAUUGACAAGACAAUCAAGUGGCCUCUUCUCUCAGGCGAUCCUUCCAUCCCUAGCUGGAUCUCUCAAUCUAGCAAGGUCAUUAUGCUGGGGGACGCAGCCCACGCCAUGGUCCCCUAUAUGUCUCAAGGCGCGGCCAUGGCCGUGGAAGAUGGUGCAGCACUAGCAGCGGCCCUGUCCCACGUGUACACCAUCUCUGACCUUCCCAAAGCACUGUCCGUCUUCGAUAUUGUGAGGAGAAGACGGGCCGGUCAGAUGCAGGAGGCUAGUCUCGUCAACGGCAAAAUCUGGCACUUUGAUGACGGCCCUGAACAGGCUGCAAGAGAUGAAGCCAUGGAGCCGGAGAUCAAGGGGCUUCCCAUAUCGGAAAGCCCAAAUCAGUGGACUGACCCUGUUACACAAGCGUGGGCGUAUGGGUAUAACGCAGAAGAUGAUAUUCAUUUGUCUUGGAACCAGUUCAAAUCUCGGCUAUUCUAA